UUAUAUAUCAGUUUUUGAAUUAAAAAAAAUGGAUCUUCCAACAAUUUUUUAAGAAUUAAAAUGAAAACAUUACAAAGAUAUGUCCUGUUUUUUGUUAUUUCUAUUUGUGGUAUUAUUGCAUUUGGAUUAAUAUUGUUGAGAACAAAGUUAAAAGUAAUAAAUGAUGGUGUUUUAACAAGAAAUAUUUUGUUCCAAAAUCUACCUGAAAGUAAAGAUAACCGAUAUAAACUUUGGAAAAACAUUUGGAUUCCAGUGUACCAACCUUCUGCAUAUGAUAUUGGUAUUGCAACACAGUGUUCAAUUAACAAUUUAUUUUAUGUUGCAGAUUUAGUUGCAAGUUGGCCUGGUACAAUAUCUGUAGCUGUGUUUUUUGAAGGAAGUAAGUUAAAAGAAUUUGAAGAAAGUUUGCAUUUUUUACUUCAUUGUCACAAGGAUGUUGCAAGAAGAGUUAGUUUUCAUGCAGUCUUACCAUUGUCACAUCCACCUUUUAAUAAUUUGUUAAGAUUAACAGAGAAAAAAUUUCUAAAGUGUGAUAAAAAUGUCCUUAAUCAUGGGAAAAAAUUGAAUUAUGACUUAAAAAUGUUAUCAUAUCCAGUAAAUUUGCUAAGGAAUACAGCUAUUAGCACACUUAAAACAAGUCAUGUUUUGCUCAUAGACAUUGAUAUUAUCCCAAGCCCAAAUCUAUAUUAUGAUGUUAUAAAAUGGCUGCCACAAGAUCUGGAAGCUUUAGUUAUUCCUAUUUUUGAAAUAAAAGAAAGUCAGAAUGUUCCUCUCACAAAGUCUGAUUUGUUAUCUUUAUGGCAAAAAAAUCAAGUUCGUCCAUUUUAUAUAGAGCUAUGCAAAAAAUGUCAAGAGCUCACAGAUUACCAACAAUGGAAAAGAAAUGAUGCCAUGGUUUCUAUAUUUUCAAUAAAUUGGAGUUAUCCAUGGGAACCUUUCUUUAUAUCUCAAAAAGAAAGUUUUGUGUUUGAUGAAAGAUUUGAACAGUAUGGAUUUAAUCGAGUAAGUCAGAUCUGUGAUUUUCACUUAAGAGGUGGCAAGUUUAAAAUUUACAACAAUGGAUUUCUUCUUCAUAAAGGUUUUAAAGUAACCAGUAGUUUUCAUCCAUCAAAAAAUGUUGAUCAUUUGCGUAAUAAAAUACUUUAUAAGAAACUUAAAUUAGAACUUUAUAGUAAGCGAAAUGGAACACGGUCAUGUUAAACCUAGUAUCUUAUUAGUAUUACACAUUGAAUGAGAUGAUGUUGAAAUAACUAGAUUCUUUUAGUUUUGGUUCAAACAACUCUAUUCAUCAUUUGAAGUUGAUCUGACUCUGGAUGUAGUAUUUUAAAAUAAUGGAUUUCAAAUUAUGAUUCUUGAUUUGAAGUUUUGCAUACUUGUAAACAUGUAUUAGAGUUAUUCAAAGACUAACACACAUGUAUUUAGAGAAAAACUAAUAUUAAUUGAUAAUUUUUGAUUUAUUUUUAAAUAUUUUAAAAUAAAUACAUUUUUAUAACUAUUACUUUUAAUAGUUUUUUAUAUUUGUGAUAAAUUAUGAUGUGUACUUUUGUAUAAAUUUGUGUACUUGAUGUUUACUUGAUAAAAAGCCUAUUUAGUCCAAA